AAAUUAUAAACAACAAUUUCUGAAUUUAAUAUGGAGGAAAGUUUUUACUAUGAAAGCGUCACUUUCUCUUAAUAAGAACAGCUCCGGUCAAAAGAAGUAAGUUAUUUAAGGUUUAUAUUAUGUUAAAAACGAUUACUCUUUGAAAUAGCGCUGUUUUAAUGGCGUGAAAAUAUUUAUGCCAGACAGCAACCAAACAACGUGGUUUUAAUAUGUAUUUUUUAUAAAUGUGAAACAAAUGAAAUGUAUCAAAUGUGUUUCUUCUCGCAGGAAAUUUCAUUUUUAUGACACGAAAGCAGAUACGAUUGUAGCUUAUACUGCGCUAAGCAAGGUUAGCUAUUUAUGACUCUAUGAGUCUAUCACUUCUAUGUUUUACGAUUGAAGGUGCAGACAACAGGUCUGUUUAUAUAGUCCCAAAUCAAGUCCUACAUUAUAUAAAUACUAUAAUAAAUAUUAUAUAUUAUUAAUACAUUGCCAAGACCGGGCCAAAACAAAAUUUGGCUGUAUUGACAGGUUAGGCAAGGUAUCUUAAGGUAAUGUAUCAUCACAGACUAAGUAUAUACCAGAUGUGUAACUUCAUAGGACUUAAAUGUGUCCUGUACACGUCAACAUUUGGUAUUACCAAAUAAUGAAUUAUUAUGCGAGCAACACUUGCUAACAAGAUGGUGACCAUGGGACAACUUACACAUCUGUUCACGCUUAAUCUGUGGUAGCAUCUUGGCAUUUUUGGGGGACAAAAAUAAAUGGUCGUAAUAAAGAGGACCAUAUUAACAAGGUGGCCAUAAGGCAGAGUAGUACUGCAGGUCCAUUGUUAUGUCAUGGUUAUGUUGGUAGUACCCCAACAAAAGCAUCUCAUUAUCUUUCAUUGGAUUUGGUACCAACAUGGCUGUUGUUUUAUUGUCUUUUAAUGCCCAACAGAUUCAUUGCAAUUCACAUAUUGGCUGUCUUAUAUUAACGCUUGCUAAAACCAACCUAUUAUCUGAUGUCAACCGUCCAAAUUUUCAUUUAGGAUGGUUCUAAGUCUUCCAUUCCGACUGGUGCUUUGCCAACCCUUGGACAAGCGUUUAAAGAAAAAGUUAUGGCAACAUUUACGUAAGAAUGCUUAUUUGAACAUUUAUUUUGUUAUAAUGACAAAAGUAUUAAGGUAUUCAUGUAGUUUGCUUUAAUGGUUUGUGGAAACACCAUGUAUAUUUAUUACUGCUAAACUGUAAGCUUGUUGGCACUGAUAAAAAUCCAGGCUUAUAUGGUUUGAAAGCUUUGCAAUAAAUAUAUGCGGUGUUUUCAAAAACCGAAACAUCAUAUUAUUGCCAUCCGAAGUGAUAUUCGAGUUAUUCUUCCUUUUAAGCCCUACAUUCUCAAACAACAAGAAGUUGAAUUAUAACACUCCAUCUUCAUCGUGUCAAGAAGACGUUUGUGCACUGCUUGCGUAAGCAUAAAAAUUUCUUUAGAAAUUAAAUGAUUUUGUGUUCUGUUGUUUCUGUUUAGAAAUUUUUUAUUUAACAUAUUGAAGAGAACAAUUUUAGCAUUUAAAACAAAAAUAUUAUCCUUCUUUUUAAGCCCUGCAUAUCAAGCGAACACCAAGAAGACAAAUAACACUGCAUCCUCAAAAUUUAUGUAAGCAUGAUCAUUUUAGUAGCAUGUUCAGUUGCUCUGUUGCAAAGAAACUGUUGUCCUUCUUUCUUAGCCCUCCAUUCCUGAACAACAAGAAGUCAAAAAAUACUGGACCUUCCACAUCUCUGUUUUCAACAAAUGA